AACGGAGUGGGAGCGUUAAACUGCGAAUGAAUACAUUUUUAAUAACAAUUUCCUAACUUAAUUAGCAAGUUUUAAGUUAUUCGGCUUCUUCUCUUUUCCGGAAACUUGUGCGGAUUUAGUUCAAACUGAGCAAGCUAGCAGGAAGGUUAGCUGCGGGAUAGCUAACUAAGUAGCUUGCUGUUAGCUCAGGCGAACGCUAGACUACUUUAUACUAAGCGCAGUGUGAGAUAACAGGCUGUCUGGUGUCGUCCAGGCGGUGUUUGACUGACUGAUGCCUUCGCCAUGAUGCUGAGCUGCAGCGCUCUGGUCGUUGGCCUCCUGCUGUCCCAGGUAAGAGGCUUCCUGAACUCCUCGGAGGACGACGGCGUACCCGAAGACUGGGUGCUGCUCCAUGUGGUUCAGGGCCACAUCGGGGCCGGGAACUACAGCUACCUGCGCCUCAACCACGAUGGCAGAAUCAUCCUGCACAUGCAAAGCCUCAAGGGGGACGCGGAUCUCUACGUGUCGGAUAAAACCCUGCGGCCGAGCUUCGACACGUACAAGCUGCAGUCGGUCACCUGCGGCCAGGAUGUGGGUGUGCCGGGGGACUUUGCGAGGCCCGUGGGCAUCGGCAUUUACGGCCACCCGUCUCACAAGGAGAGCGAGUUUGAAAUGCGAGUGUUUUACGAUCAGAUGGUGCCCGUGGACCCGUUUGAAAAGGGCUUAUACACUUCAGAAGACGGACAAAGGCAAGGGCAAUCCCCUCAUGAGGCAGAGGAGGACUUUCAGGAAGAGGAGUCGAUCUUUUGGACAAUCCUAAUCGGACUUUUGAAAAUUAUACUUGAGAUUUUGUUUUGAAAACGGUUUCCUGCCUUGCUGCUGCGACAGAAGGAGGAGAUUCUGCUUAUUUGGCUCAGUCAACCUUGAUACAUAAAAAGAUACAUCUUUCAUGCUGUAUGGAUGAGAAAAUGUAUUAACAAGUCAUUUUAACAAUUCCUUUCCCUGUGAUCAAACAGACUGUAUAUAAAGAUGGACGACACUUUUUGAGCCUAGUCUCGCUGUACGCCUGGCCGACUCGGUUAUGAACGAGGCUCAGCUGUCAAUCAUGACGUGAAACCCCGUAUUUAUAGCGUCAAAUACUAAUUAAAUAACUAAUAAAAAUAAUAUAUGGUUGAUGAU